GCUAAUACCUACUUCCUCAGCAACAUCUGAGCAAAGUCCCAGCAGGUUUCCAUUCUAUAUCGAAAUGGCGGCAGUUCCUGGGCAGCUGGUGUGGGAGAUUGUGAAGAAGAACAAUCGUUUCUUGGUCAAGGAGUUCGGUAAUGGCACCGUUGGCGUUGUCUUCUGCAGGGAACCAAACAAUCUCUACAAUCCUCACUCUUACAAGCACUCUGGGUUAGCAAACAAGAAAACUGUGACAAUUCAAGGGGGGAAAGAUCAAACUGUGCUCCUGGCCACAACCAAGACCAAGAAGCAAAAAAAAACCUGCUAAUUUGCUAAACAAAUCUGUCAUAAAGAAGGAAUUCCACCGCAUGGCCAAGGCUGGCACCAACCAGGUUGCUGACAACUACUACAGACCGGACUUGAAGAAAGCAGCUUUGGCAAGGUUGAGUGCCGUUAACAGAAGCCUUAAGGUUGCCAAAUCCGGCCCCAAGAAGAAGAAUAGGCAGGCCUGAGCACAUAAGCAUUUAUGUCUCUUUUUUGUCUAGACAAUCUUGAGUUCUGUUUAAAUUGUGCCUCUUCAUUAUUCUAUUUAAAAAGCAAUUUGAUGUCUCAAUUCUCUUUAUCUCAAACAAAAAGCGUCCUUCUAGUUUACCCUUUGCAAUGUUGGUUUAUGCUUGAGUGACUUUUA